GAAGUCUCAUCGCAUUGUUUUCUUUCUUUCUUUUAAUUCUCCACCCCCGGUGCGCAUCAUACAAUCGUACGGUUCUUCGUUUUAGGUAAGAAACGCGGUUGGUGACGACGAAAAUUCAGCAUGAGAGGGUGAGAGCAUAGGAUGAGCAUGACGUCGAGCAGCGGAUCGACCGCGGGAAGAGUGGAAGCGGGCGAGGCGGCACGCUCAGACAAGCAGCAGCAGACAACGCCGCCGCCGCCGCCGCCGCUGCCGCUGCCGCAGGCGAGGACCGGAGGUUUUCUUGGAAGGCAUCGCUUGUCGGCCGCCAUCACGCGCCUCGAUCAGGAGAUCCUCUCCCUUCAGGAGGAAAUAAAUGAACUUGAGACCAUGGACCCCUCAUCUGCUGCAUGCCAAGAAGUUCUCUUAAGUAUGGAAGGAAAACCUGAGCCGCUCCUUCCUGUCACCAGAGGUCCAGAAGAUGUUUCGUGGGAUCGGUGGUUCCAGCGUGUUCGUAGCUCUCGUGGUCACAAGUGGUGGACACACAAAGGUUCUGAUUUUUCUUAAUGUCUUGCAACAAAUCAGGUCACAAGAACUUCAACUGCUUUCACAUAUGGCUAGUUGAGAGAGCACAUUUUGUAUGAUAGUUUUGGCAACUACAUACUUCUGUAAUGUCGAUUUACGGCGGCUCUAUGUUUAGUGUAAUAUUGCACGAUCGCUUUUGAGUCUGGAGUUGUUAUUGGUUGAAAUAUGUGUGACAAGCACUCACAGUGAUUUCUCCUGGAAAAGUUAGUUGAUUCACAAGGCUAUCAAAUGGGAUCUACUAUUCAUAAUUGCUUGUGUUGUCGCAUGUUUUACAGGCUUUGUCGGAGCGGCAAAUGAUAUGUAUCUUGUGUAUUUAUUUCUUACAAUUCAUUUGUGUUGGCUUAAAACAGCCAGCAUCCUAUCUUAUGGGGGGAGGCCAAAUUAGGCCGAGUCAUGUUAGAAAUGACGAAAGGCUCGUUGGGCUGAGACGCUCGAGAUUCGUGAACGUUGUAGCUGUAUAUUUUAAGUGUAUUUGUUGCAUAUUUUUUAGUA